AGCUAUGUUUCUUAUGGCUAUUUUUAUGUUAUCAAUUGGUCUAUGAUAAAUGUCUUUGCGGUGCUGAUUUCAUUUGUUAACUAAACAGUGACUGCGUUACCGACGCUAACUAACACAGCGAUUCGCGAGUUCGCGAGCUUAUCGAAGGAGCAUUAUGAGCUUGUAGAUUCGCGUCGGAGUUUGGCGGAUGAUACUGCAGAUGCCGCGAGCGAAUCGAUGUAUGAUAAAAAAUUGAGUGCGCUGUUUUAUUUUUAAUCGAUCUUACAGGAAUCUCUGAGAAUUUUAUUCCCGGAGAGAUUGCGUUUGUAGCUAAUUUUAAAAAUGGACCCGCCCAAAACUGACUGAUCGAAAAAACUUCCCCGUCCCUAUAAUUCGGCGACGAAGGUCGAAAAUGAUGAAAAUUAACGUUCAUAACGUGAAUAAAACUCCGAAUCCCUGCAAACGUAAUUCUUACCAUCAUGUUGUCCAGAGUUCUUUUCUUUGGGCGUAGUCGAGUUGCAUCUGCAGGUAUUCAAUCGAUCUUGAAGAUUCCCAAUAACCUUAAACACAGCAGUUCAAAUACAGAAGACGCUUCCCUCAAACGACCUCCCUUUUUAUGCCGGAGUACGAUACUUGUACAGGACGGUUCGUUAGUUCACGAGGUGCCUGUAAUAGUUCGAAAGGUCAGCGACCCUUCCAUUCUUUGGAAACGGUGUACAACACCUCAGCCCGCGAAGCUUAAAGCUCAGUCUUACACCGCGGUCCGUGAGGACCACUUUCCAAAAAUCAAGGAUUCCGGCACUUCGAAUCUUACCGGCAAAAAGGCCAAUCGUCGUACAGGUGGGGUGUGCAGAGGUCGAAAGAGAAUUGACAUAGAAACUGACGAAGGAACGGCUAUCCUGUUCGGAUCAGAUCUCGAGUUCCUGAAACAAGCGGAUGUUGAUCAACUUCUGGAAGGUCUCGAUUCCUGCUACACCCCUCGAGGAGUAUUCACCCUCUUGGAGACGAUAAUAGUCGACGAGAUAAAUUCUAUGGUAGCUCUUCAAGCGUUGAAAAAAAUCAUAGAGCUCGAAAGUGCGCCGCGAAGCCGAACCCGUUUAUCACCGACAUCACGGAAUCGGGAUGUCGUACUUGGCCAGAUCGUCGAAAUGAUCGCGGGUAGCCAGGACAACGACGUGCUUCUCGAAGCCUUCGCUCUCCUAGCUCGUGACGUGGUCAGUCCGACAACUAACGAAUUUCGAAGUCGUUUGUGCGAUGAGAUUUCAUCCAGAGUCGCUGAUGACGAACUCACCGCCGCGCAAAUUGCAGAGGCGGUUAUUACCCUCGGGAGAUUCAAUUCCUCGGAUUAUCAGGACGCCGUUGAUUCUCUAUGGGUCGGUUUAGCUGCCCGGGAAACCGAAUUGACGUCAGAGACACUUCUAUCGCUUUUCACAGCGCUACCACAUUUCAAAAAAAGCAGGCGACUCGUUUUAGCUAUCCUAGAACGAGCGCUGAACAGACUUCUCGAUAGAAUCAACGGCAAACAAAUCUCUGGAAUUCUGAACGCUUUGGCGAAGGCCUCGAUCAAUUCUUCCGCCUCUUUGGCAGCAGUCAACAGGUGGGCGGCUUCCCCAGGUAAAAAUAUCGCCGAAGAAGAUCUCCUCGAUCUCGUGCGUGCCUGGACGGCAACCGGAAACGUUGAUCCUUCGGUAGAGGUGGUCCUGGAGCGCCACGUAUCCAGAGGAAGGGGUAUCAACGAGCCGACUCUUGUCGGAGCUAUAAUGAGUUAUUGCGGAGGACUGAGGAUCAGGAAUACACGGAUUCUCGGAGGCUGUGCCGAAUACUUGGCCAGAAACGGAAGGCGUCUUCCUGCGGCGACGUUAGCUCCGAUCUUCGGGCCGUUCGGUACCCUAGAUUUUCGGCCUGGGGUGGAAAUCACGGGAAGAUUUUGGAAGUCGUUGGAGGAGGCGGUUGCGGCUAAAUUUGGCCAAAUCAAGCCUGAAGAAGUCAUCGACAUUCUGCUGUCUUGCGUGUGCCUCGAAAGGUACCCUCUCAGACUAGUCAGUCGAGUUUUCAGAUCCCAAUUCUUGGAACGACUUCUCAGAUGUGGAAAUACGGAAUCGGUAGAAAGAGUGAAAAGCAAACUGAAGCUUUUUGACGCUGCGAUGACGCUGGAAUGCCCCAGAUACGCGGGGCCCAUGAUCCCCAGAGACUCUCAAAGCUCUGUCACCGAUUUUCAAGAUCAGAGGAUCGCGAGUAUCCUCGAUAAGAUUUACGAAGAACUGGAAAAAAUUAGCGGCGGAGAUAAUCGUGUCAGUAAAAACGUGUCGUUUGGACAGAUGCCGAACAACGAAUUGUACACGUUAGACGCGUUGGUACAUCCGAGAGAAGGACAAUCCCCGCAGUAUAAUCUAAACCUCGAUAGUAAGAAAUUGACGAAAAAUUCGCAGACGGCGGUUCUCGUACAUGUUCCUGAACAUUUUUGUCGCGAUACCACGAAACACCUCACCGGAUUCCAGAGCAUGCGGAAAAGACACUUGAGAAAGUUCGGACUCUCUGUUGUUACGCUCGAGUAUGAAACUUUGGAAAGAAUUGAGACGGACCCCGCAGCCAUCGCGAAAUACUUGAAAGAUAGAUUUUCCAAUCUCGAAAAAGCUCUGUAGCAUUGGAGGCAAGGAAUUAAAUACAAUUACCUGGGAUUGAGUCAUGUUUCGAAAUUUAAUUUUUCAAUAUCCAUCCACAUGUUAUAUAAAUUGAACAUCCGCGCUGCCGUUGUCUCGCCCCCUGUUCCUUCUGUCCACGUAUUCAAGCGAACACUUUUUCCCAUAAAACUCUUCGAUUUUGU